UUAGUUACAUAAGAAUGAGGUCUCGUGGUUCCCGGUUCUUUUCUUUUCGCACAUAUUUUUCGUCCGAUUAUUUCCUUUCCUCCCCUUCCCUUUUCUCAAUUGAUCUUGUAUCUUUGUAGACUUUCAUGGUUUCACUUACCUGCCUACCUACAUACCCAGCUACCUCUACUUCCCUAUUCACUCUACUCCUCACUUCUCGGAAGCAUUGGCUCUAUACCUUACUACGUGGUAGUCUAUGAAUAGAUUCUAGGCAUCCUCCUAGUCAUCAGACUUAGUUCCCAAUUCGAUUGCCCUCGUGACCCAGGACAUCCCAUAGCUCCAUUAAGCUUCUCCAUACGAACCAAGUCGUCUUGACAACCUCGUCCCCACCGUCUCUUCACCGGCUCGCCCCUCCCUACCUUACCCAAAGUAUACAGGUGUCUGAAACCCCAGAAGUGUUCAGCUUGUGCUACCUACGUAUCUUGCUCUUCGCCACACACCCAAACGGCUUCGUUCCCUCUGGCUAAGCUGCCAGUCAUAUUCUGAAAAAAAAAUGGCGGACUCGAACAAUGGCCCGGAGACGGAAAAGGUCAACACCAACAUCGUUACCUUGACGCGCUUCCUGACUGAGGAGCAAGCAAAGCACAAGGAGGCCACUGGAGACUUCACAUUGCUGUGCCACGCCCUCCAGUUCUCCUUCAAGGCCAUCGCCUACUACAUCCGCCGCGCCACCCUCGUCAACCUGACCGGCCUUGCCGGCUCCUCCAACACGACAGGCGAUGACCAAAAGAAGCUCGAUGUGAUCGGCAACGACCUCUUCAUCGAGGCCAUGCGCAGCUCGGGCAAGUGCGCCCUGCUCGUGUCGGAGGAGGAGGAGGAGAUCAUCUUCUUCACCAACGGCAACGGCAGCGCCCGGUACGCCGUGGCCUGCGACCCCAUUGAUGGUUCGUCCAAUCUCGACGCCGGAGUGUCGGUCGGCACCAUCUUUGGCAUCCACAAGCUGGCCGAGGGCUCCACCGGCUCCAAGGAGGACAUCCUCAAGCCCGGUUCCGAGCUGCUGGCCGCCGGCUUCACAAUGUACGGCGCCUCGGCCCAGCUGGUCCUGACCAUGAAGAACGGCGGCGUCAACGGCUUCACCCUUGACAACGCCUUUGGUGAGUUCAUCCUGACUCACCCGGACAUGCGCAUGCCCAAGUCCCGCGCCAUCUACUCGGUCAACGAGGGUAACUCGCUCUACUGGGAGGACCACGUCAAGGAGUACUUUAGCUCGCUCAAGCACCCCCAGGAGAAGAGCGGAAAGCCCUACAGCGCCAGGUACAUCGGCAGCAUGGUGGCGGACGCCUACCGUACCCUCCUAUAUGGCGGCAUCUUUGCCUACCCCGCCGACAAGAAGAGCCCCAAGGGCAAGCUUCGUAUUUUGUACGAGUGCGCACCUAUGGCCAUGGUUUUCGAGAAUGCCGGCGGCCAAGCUAUCGAUAGCAACAUGAAGCGUAUGCUCGACGUUGUGCCAGAACACAUCCAUGACAGGUCAGGUAUAUUUAUGGGCAGCUGGGAUGAGGUUGAAAAAGUAAAGGCGUACCACAAAUAAGAUAGUCGCAAAUCUCGCCUGAGCGACUAAGGCGAAAGGGCACCGCGAGACCCCCAAAUUGGAUAUACUUGCGUCUUGAAAUAACCAGUUAUGUCGUUAAUGACCAUGUUAAUAUAUUCCUCUGAUUGAGACUCACUAAGCUGCAAACUCCAC